ACCAGCGUAUUUUCAUGGUGGGCUGGAUGUUGGCACAGUGCCCGAAGAUCGUCGACUUCCUGAAGUUCCGGGGCUUUAUCUCGGACCAAACCGCCCAUGAGAUGCCGAGGUACAUCAAUGCUUUGACCCAGGACCCUACGACCAUCCCGCAGCAGAACGACUUCUUCUCAACGAUGACCCUUUUGUCGUUCAAGAGCUGGGACACUCGGCAGGACUUCAUGGCGAAGUUUGGUGGUACAGCAGGAACGCCACUGUAUUCGGACGAGAGCACCCCUGUGCAUGGAAAGCACAUUCGGGUCAGCCCCUCGAGUCCACAAUGGCAACGCAAACUCGAGCUGCCACUUCGCAUCAUCCUGUCUGUGAUCAACAACCACCCCGACUACACCGCCGGUGGGAACAAGAUGAUGAUACUGUGGAAAACUCUUACCGUGAUGGCCCCAAAGGACGACGAAGACUUUGACCAAGACGCCAAGGCAUGGGCACGCUUGUUCUAUUUUCAGGACAAGGGGGACUUCGUGGGCCGUUUGGAGGUGGUGCCCGAGCUGGCACGCCUCAUGGAAGCCCCACCGACUGAGGGAGUUGCAAAGGGCAAGGGCAAAAAGCACUGGAGCAACACGGUGAUUUGGAACAGCUAUUAUUGCCCUUAUCCUUUCAACUUGACCUUGGUUAAGGUCGAUGAGGUUGCCUUCGUCUGGGAUGAAUACUGCGACAAGAAGGGCAAGACAGCGGAGAAGGUCGGGGACUAUGCCAUCAGUACCUUUCGAGGGAAGCCGGCUGCCCCAGACCAAACCGCCGCCGACAUCGGUCGCGACCCGUUCCUCUACUCGGACGAUGUGGAGAUGCAAGAGGACGUCGGCACAGGAUGGGGCCGUGGCAGUGGCCCGAAAGGAGGCAAGUCUGCCAAGUCGAGCUGA